GACAGAGGGAAUUUGAGCAGAUUCAAUUGGGCCAAUCGGCUUUCCACGGCGGCGGACGCGGCGUUUAACUCCCCUUUUUUGCGCCGAUGGACGACAUCGACGGAACAGACGAUCGGCCGGUGAGCUUCAGAGAUUUGUUGAGUUUGAGCCUCGACUGCGAGGAACAGAGGCCUCUGUUGAAGUUACUACCUCAUCAUCAGGCGGUUUGUCUUCGUCCCGAUGAUGUUUCUCUUCCGCGGUUGCCUUUCCCGGAGAUUCAGGCUUUCCGGUCGCCUUCGGUGAUAAAUCUCCAUGGCGGCGGUGGAGACAUUGAGAUGAGAGUGAAAUGGUCGAAGCAGGAGAACGGUUCCUAUGGAUACAGAAACGACAACUAUAUUUCUGACAGGGAUAUCUGCUUCCGUCACACGCCGGAUCUCCGGUUACCGGGAAGUCUUCAGUCGUUGCUUUUCCCGGAGUUUCUGCCCUUCUGGUCUUCUAAUGCGGCGUCUUCGGUGACAAAUCUAUGUGGAAGCGGUGUAGUCUCGGAGGUGAAGGGUCCGAAGCAGGAGAACAGUUCAUAUGGUUCCAACAACGGAUGCGCCGUUUCGGCCGGAGAUUUCGGCUCCCGUCUCCCGCCGGAUCUCCGGUCAGAGGAAAGUCUUCCGCCGUUGCUUUUUCCGGAGAUUAUGCCAUUGCGGUCGUGUAAAGCUGUACCGGCGGCGUCUGCGGGGAUGAAUCCAUAUGGAGGCGGUUUAAACAUGGCGGUGAAAAGUCCCAAGCGGGAGAACCGUUACUUCGGAUACAAAGCAGGGGAUUUCGGAUUCCGUCACUUGCCGGAUCUCCGAUUUCUGGGUAAUAAACCGCCGGUCCCGGUGAAUAGUCAUUUCGGAUCCCGGCCUCGCCGCUGCAUUUUCCAAAACGAGAUGACCGGAAACCACCUGAAGGCAGCCUAUCCUUUUCGUCCGUGCGAGAAAUCCAUGGCGGCGAGGUUGAAGACGAAGAAGGCGAGUAGAUCCAGCGAACUGGCCAGAGAGCGGAGGAGGAAAUGGAGGGAGAAGAUCCGGGAUCUGCAGGAGCUGAUGCCGUGGGAGACGAAGAUGGACACGGCGAAGAUGCUGGGGGAGGCGUACAAGUACGUCAAAUUCCUCCAGGCGCAGGCCACCGUCCUGGAGAGCAUGCCGGUUCGCGGCGAUCUUCCCUCUCAUCAUCAGGAAAACCCUAGCCCCGGCGUUCCCGGGCCGCUCGCGGAGCUCAGCGGCCGAGAGCUAUUGGAAGCGGCGGUGAACUCUCCGGCCGUCCAGAGGUUCCUUUACUCGGAAGGCUACUGCAUCUGCUCGUCGGAACAGGUGGCUCAGCUCGCCGAGAGACUUGGGUCGGCCUGAGCAUUAUUUGUUUUAUCAUUAUCAUUUCCAGCGGCAGCAUAAGCACUGUCAUCCUCCUCUAAACACUAAUUUUGCCAUUUAAUUAUCAUUACAAAAUUAGCAGAAAAUUACUCGUGGUACAUUUAAUUUUCUCAUAAGACUUUGCACUGUGGUAAUGUGACCUUGCAUUGUGGUAAUGUGGCAGUGUACAUGUGCAAAUUUCUAUGUUUUCUGGUAAUGUAUAUGACCAUGGUUUGUAAUGUAAGUCCUAUUUCGGGAAUAAAAACAUGGAAGUCCU